CUUGCGCAGUCGGACAUGGAAGAUGGCAGCCAAAUCCCCUAGCUUGAAGCUGCAGGUAUCCACGACUCUGCCCCACUCAUGGACUCCAUCUUCCUCCUCAGCCCCGACGCCCGCAGUCGCUUCCUCCGAACCGCCGGUCGCGUGCUGGGAUGCUCGUACAUCUGCCUCUGGUCUCAUCUUUACCAUCCGCCAUCCAACUACUUGACCGCCAUGGUCGGAUGGCACCGUGACGACGACAGCACCCACCCGAGCUCCUCCUCGGGCAGCCCCUCCAGGGGUCUCUUCGACGCCUACCGGAGAUCUAUCUGUGACAUCCAGCACAGUUGUGUUCCUGGGUUAGCCUACAAGAACGGCCUUCCCUACUUCGAGCUGGGAGAUGCAGACCUGAUGGACUUGGCCUCGAUGCGAGUUCAACGGCAAUUCUAUCAGGAGGCUGGCAUCAAGACUGCGUUUUUCCUGGGAUGCCCAAGCGGAGAGAUAGAAUUGGGGAUGACAUCGCCCAGCAAUACAAACAUGCAGAUCAAUGUCCAAAGAGUGUUCAGCGAGGACUUCAUACGGCAGUCACAAUUGGGAUCAGAAGAGUUCAUUCAACAGGCUCAGUUGGGACAGAUGCUCCCGAUUCCCGACCAGAGCCGGCCCUCCUCCUCCUCCUCCUCCUCCUCGCUUCGGUCUCGAUCGGUGGGGAGUGCCGAGCACUCAUCAAGUGGUCGUUCGAUCAUGCCUGAUUCGGCUCUGCCGCGCCACGUCACCAUGCAAGCCUACGGUCGAUACCGAAACGUCCUGCUUCCUUCAGCUGCCCGGGACGACGCUGAGAUUACGAGAGCCAUGAUUGUUGUCAUCUCCUCCACCUCUUCUUCUACCACUCUGAUGCCGUUUCAGACAUCGGAACCGGCGGCGGGCCGCUCAGUAGGGGCGUUCAAGCCUUACUGUCCAGCUUUGGCGCCUAAAUCCAACGCCAAUCCAAGCUUGCACGGCCAGAAGAUGAUUAAGAAGGUCAUCAUGCUGCUGACGACAAUGAACCUGACGAGGUUCGAGGCUCCGAUGCAGGACGCACGAACUUCAAGCAACCAGAUGCAUCAUAUGAUAUCAGAGCGCAAGCGCCGUGAGAAGCUCAAUGAAAGCUUCGACGCUCUCAGGAUGCUGCUUCCCCGAGGCUCUAAGAAGGACAAGGCAUCAGUGCUGGACAACACAAGGAACUACCUCAACAGCUUGAGAACGCAGAUCUCGGAGCUGGAUGAGAGGAACAGGCUACUGGAGGUGCAGCUUCGACAUCAGCGCGAGAACGAGGAAGAUGGAGAUCCGAAUGAAGCAGUGCAAAUUCGCAUAACCGGGUCAUCAGAGCUGGAGGAGAGGAACAGGCUACCGGAAGUGCAGCUUCGGCAUCAGGGCGAGGAGGAGGAAGACGGAGAUCCGAAUGAAAUAGUGCAAGUUCGCAUAACCUGGUCAUCAGAAUCGACAUCAGAAACCCAACGGAUCAACAUCGGUGUUACGGUGAGGGUAGAAUGUAACGCGAUAGAUAUGAUUCUUAAUGUGCUCGAACGCCUGAAAAGGAUGAGAGGUGCCACUUUGGUGUCAGUGGAGACGAGCACAAGAUCGUCACAGACGAAUGUUUGCAUGAAAGCAAGCCUCACGCUACAGGUUAAGAGUGGUGAUUGCGACGAGGAGGCAUUCAAGGAAGCUGUGGUCGAAGCGGCGUAUUCUGCGUUGGCAGCGUCAUCGACCACCGCUCCAUGAUGCUGUGCUUCGCCGAAGGCUAGCUGGGCCAUCAAAGUUGACCAAUCUUCUUCUGGAGGGGAGUCUGCGAGAGGAGAUGGCGUCGCUUUCGUAAAGUUGGCAAUGAAUUCUAUGCUGAGAGGCUUGGAGAACGAUUCUUUGUGUCUGUAUGCGUGCCACAAAGAUGGAGAGAGAGAGAGAGAGAGAGAUGUCGACCACAUACGUUGUGGUGGUUGUCUUUUUGAUUGACUAAAGAGAACUUUUUGAUUACUUUGGCUA